AGUCAACAUGGCGGAAAAACGAAAAUCAUAACAAACGAUACCAACAUUUUCCCUUGUGUUUGUAAUGUUUAAACAAUUCCAGUAUUGUUCUCUGUGUCGUUUCAGCCAUAAAAAGAAGAGGAAACAUAUUUAUUCUAUCAGACAUCAAAAUGUAGUUAAUAAUAUACUGGAAAAGUUUAUGAAAAAGAUAACUGAAGCCAGGUCCUCCUUAGAAUCUCCACAAAUUGAAAGUGCACAUUAUGAAAGAGGAGCCAAGUUUUGGUGCCAUUUUUGUGCGGAGGAGUAUAUUAAACACAUGGAGCUUGACACAUGUACUGUUAAAUAUGGUGGUCUCAUCGAACAUAUAGCAAGUUUUGAACAUAAGAGGAAAAUGUACAAUUUCUUCUAUGAAAACAAAGUGGAUGAGAGCAAAAGACAUCCAGAUCUAUUCCACUUGCCAGAGGAGGACCUGAAGAAGUUUCAAGAGAAAGUUGCCAUUUAUGCAAAGAAACAUGAUGCCACAAGAAAGGAGAAAAUAGAAAAGUCAGCAAUUAGGAUUAAAAUCACAGAGGCAGUUAGGAAACAAAUGGUGCAGUCAGAGCAGUUCUCCAUGGUGCAGCCCCAGAUUAUUCAGAAUUCAAAUCCUGAAAGAAGAAAUGUUUUGAAUUACGUAACUCCUGGGACAGUUCUAGAGAAUAAAGCCACCCUGCUAGCCAAAGGUGAAGGACUGACAUUCAUAGGAAGUCAUGUUUACAACAGUAAAGAGGGCAACAUCCACUCAGGUGCCCCUCCUCCCUGGCUGUUGUCUUCAAAUGAGGAGUCUACUAGUAAUGAAAUAGGUCCUACUGAGGAGACCUUUAAGGCCCACUUGGAGAGAGAAAAGAAGAAGAAACUCCCUGCUAACAGAGUUGGUGCUAAUUUUGAUCACCAACAGAAUACAGAUCAGUCCUGGCUUCCCUCCUUUGGGAGGGUGUGGAGUAAGGGAGGCAGACAGCAGUCAAAAAAGUAUUUCCAAAGACAACAUUCUUCAAAAAAGAUUCCACCUAGUUCAACAUAUCAGACAACUAGUUCAAGAGAAAUGGGUUCUUCCAGUUUGACAAGUAAUACUGCAAAUGACCAGCACUUAGCAACAGACAAUAUUGUUAAUUUUAAUGGCGAAAAUCCAUUUCAUUCUAACUCUCCAAAUAUUUCACAAGUUGCCCCGAAUGUGGAAAAUCCACAAAGUGACUUUUCAGGAUUUCAGCUGGACCAGAGUGGAGUUAUGAGGCCAGGUGUCAAUUUUUCAUAUGUUCCUGGAAAUGUGAAACCCUAUGUUAAAAAACAAAGGAUUGAAAAUUCACCAUCACUCAGUUCAGGUGUUGGGUAUGCUGAGCACCACGUAUUUGAAUCAUUUCAACAUCAGAGUCAGUUUGGUGUUGAUAAUGCAGUUGUGAAUCAUUCCUCCGUAUUAAGAAAUGUGAAACCAUACAUUAGAAAACGACGUGUGGAGGAAGCGGGGUCAUCUAGUGCACAGAUUGUAGGUUUGGUUCCUGUGAUACCGACACCGAUUUUGAAUAAUCAAUUGAAUCCGUCAACUUCAAAACUGAAGAAAAGUACAGGAUGAAUUUGAUGUUAAGUUACUGUUUUAGAACUUAUUUUCUGACUUAUUGUAAGAAAAUAUCAAGUAAUCAGUAUUUUUCUUAGAAAAUUUUAAUUAAAACAUGAACACAUUGUACAAAUUGCUCAAGGAAUGUAUAAUAAUUCUUGUAUAAAGGUUAUUAUGUACAAAAGUUUCAACAACAACAAAAACAGAAUUAUAAAAUGCAAAU